GCAAGAAAGGUGAAUUUGAGGGGCAAAAAAUGGAAACCCACCAGAGAUCUUAAAGUUGCUUAUUGGAAUUAAGGAUGAAGUGGUUUAGCUCGUUGAAAUGACACUUCAGCGGAAAUAGAGAUGUGUCAAGGUAUGUGGCUUUGCUGUCUGGAAACCUGCUGUCUGUAUUGAGUGCAUCCGUGUCUCAUUGCAUGGGCAGCGUGCGUCUGUCCCGCGCAUCUGGCCAGGUUCUGCACACAAGGGGCAAGGCCUGGGUUCUAGCCACGGUAGUUACCGAAUGACCAGUGCAAGGACGGGGCCUUCUAAAGAGCGGAGCAGAUACUGGUUCGUUUGCCCCCAUCAAUCUCUCUGACAAAAAUGCUCCCCAAAAAACCCACCCCAAAUAUCUGGGAUUAAAUGAGUGGCCCCAAUUUAUACCUUUAGGGUGAAAUCCUGGCCCCAUUGAAGACAGGGGCAAAAGUCCCAAAGAUCUCUGUGGGGCAGGAUUUCAGCCUGUCUGAUUCUCCUUAGGUAACAUUUGGUGACAUUGGAAACCCCGCCCCCAGCCCUGAUUUACUCUCUGGCCGCUGAAAAUGCAGUUUGGCCCAGAGAGCUUCCUUUUCCUGGUGAUUUGUUCACUCCUCUCUCCUAAUUACCCUUGAAACAGAUCCACCUGUCUCUGUAAUAACCUCAGUGCCGGAACUGGGGGCAGGGCCCUCUCACUUUGCAGGAACACCACGUUCUGGAAUGGCAGGAAUGCUGUGUGGAAGCUGGGGGGGCAGGCGUGUUUCCAGCCCCGCAGGCCCAGGAGGGAGUGGGACAACAUAGGAAUUAGCCUGUCGCUGACGUGUGCACAGUACAGCUCUGAAGCCCAUAAGGUAGCACGGUGCAGUGGAUAAAGGCACCACCCAGGCAUCAGGAAGCUCUGCUACUUGCUCACUAUGUGACCUUGGGUAAGUCACGGGGGCCAAACUUGUCAAAAGUGGCCUUUAAAUGUAGGUGCCUCCAAUUGGGGGUCCCAGUGUUGGACAUGUAGAGGGCCUGGCUUGCAGAGGUGCCCCACUCGAAGCCACGAGGCUCAAAUACUGAGCCACUCAGAGCCCACUUUGGGAACGUCAGCUCUGGAGGACUCUGCGCCUCAGUUUCCCCAUCUAUAAAAUGGGCAUAUUGACCCAUCGGUGUAAAACACUGUGAAAUGCACGAAGGAAGAGCGCUCUCCAUCCACUAAUCACCCUGGUUCUGUUUAUCAUCAGAGGCCUGAGGCAUAACGCUCGGAGCUGGAGUUGAACCGGACCCCGCGUGGAAGGAUGUGUGGGUUUGGGUCAGUCCACUCUAGAGAUUAACCCAAAUCGAAUAAGGCUGGAGUGGAUUCAGGACAGGUGGCCUGGCAGCCCAGACGUUGGACUGGCACUCGGGAGAUGCGCGUUCAACGUCUAGCUCCGCCGCCGCCGCCCUGCUGGGUGAUGGAGGAAAAGGCACCUGGGGCGCUGACGUUCACGCCCCCGCGGUGGGCUAGGGGGUUAAAGAGCCCCGCUCCUCUGCAGGCACCGAACGAGGGGACAGAGGGUGGAAAGAUCUCAGCAGCCGAUGGGCUGAAAAUCUGGCCCGGGGUGGGUGCUGAGCCCAUCUGACCAUGCUGGUCCUACACCUCCCUGUGUCUCCAUCAGCAAUACCCUCCUACCACCGAGGGUAAUUUAAUGGGUGUGAGUGGAUGGGAGGCUAUGAAAACUCUGCCAAACCCCCCUCAGCUUCAGGGCUUUCAAGACCAGAAGGGGCCAUUGUGAUGUAGGGGAACGGCCGCUAGCCUUGGGCUCUCUCUGCCCCGGCCAGAGGGGAUUGUCCUCACUCCCAGCUCAGCGACUGCAUUUUCAUUGCCAGCCUUUGGGGCCCUGGCGCUUGGCUGAAGAACCAGCCCGGCCUGUUUGCUAUCUGGCCUCCAAGGAAUGCAGGUGGCUGGGAACUGGAGGGCACAGCAGAGACCCUGGGGGCAGGGACAUAUCUGAACUGGGAGGGUGGGGAAGUGGUGGGGGGAGAUCUUCCCCCUCUGCCAUCCUCUUCACACUGGUUCCCAGGACAGAGAGCGAGGCACAGGGGACCUCACUGUCCCAGCUGCGUGCUCCAGGCCAGGCCAAGACACAGACAGAGAACCCAGGCUGUCCUGGGCUGCGAUGGAGCUGCCACUGCUGCUGGUGCUGAGUGGGCUCUGCGCGGGCAGGGUCCUAGAGACAGUCCCCUACACGCCCCAGAUCACUGCCAAGUCGCUGGAAGGGAAGCUCACCGCUACCACCUUCACGCUGGACCAGCCCUUCUGCAUCUUCGAUCAGUACGUGAACAGCACCGAUGACAUCUGGCUGGUCGUCGCCUUCACUAACGUCACAUCCCAUUUCAAAAAUCCAACCUCAAAGAUCCAAAUCCCUCCCUACCAGAAGCUAUCGACCGCUCUCCACUACAUGACGCUGAAGACUUCCCUAGCCUUCUACCCAUGUGCUGAAAACAGGGCCGCUAGCGUGCUCCGGGUUGGCAGUGACACCUCCUGCAAAGAUGACCGCAGCCUGGAGUACUGCAACGGACCCCUGCCUCAUCCUGGGCCUUACAGAGUGAAAUUUCUCAUCCUGGAUACCAAUGGGUCCAAGGCGGAGACAAGAUGGUCCCAACAGAUUAUGCUGAAGCAAGGUCGCAAGGCGCGCUCCAUCGACACCUGGCCCGGCAGGCGCAGCGGCACCAUGGUCGUCAUCACUUCCAUCCUCUCCAGCUUCAUCGGCGUCCUGGUGAUCUUGUUCCUCUGCACGGUCGCCUACGAGUGCUUUAAGCUUUGGCGGCGAGAGGAGCCCGCGGUCCCGGAGGAGCCACGCGCCGGGUCCUUCAGAGAGAGGGAGUACGACACCCACCACAUCCCCCCAUCGCAGGCUCCGCCCCAGCCCCCCAGCGACGUGCCCCGGCCUCACUCGCCAGCUGCUUCCCCAUAGGAGCCCAGAGCUUCCCGCAGGCCAUCGUCCUGGGCUCAGCGGUCAGCACGCGGGCACCCCCUGAAGCCUGGCAUCCCAUGUACACACCCCGGGCCUCCCCUUCACGCACCCUGCUGCCGGCAUCCCCUAUAUACCUCGGCCCCAGAGUCCCCUAUGUACCCCGGGCCUCCCCAUCACGCACCCUGCUGCCGGCAUCCCCUAUAUACCCCAGCCUCAGUGUCCGCUAUGCACCCCGGGC